AGUACCAUUAAAAAAUGCCAAGUGACUGAUUGCAAUGCGAGAGUUCAAUGUGAUGCCACGCUGCUUGUUAUCAUCCUCAUUAUCGGCAAUUUCAAUGGGUACUUCUCGUAGUUGCAUACAUGAAUUAUCAUUUGCCAGACGUUUUUCAAUACCGACAAAUGCAGUGCAGCUAAAGUAUUGUGACUCGAGAACUUAUAUGCGAUUAUAGGCUAGAAUGCGCAGGUACAGUUUUUUUGGGCUGGUAAAAUAUUUCGAUAGUUCGAUAUUUAAAUAUUUACAGUUUGUGCGAGUGCACUCUUUUUAGGCUGAUUAGACGUUCCGAUAUUUACAGUUUGUCCAGGUUCAUCUUUUAUACCCCGGCCGGAUAGUUGGUUUUUGGAGGUUCACAUUUUAUACCCUGACUACGUAUUUGAAUAUUUGGACAUUUGUAGUUUAUGCAGAUUGACAUUCUAUACCGUAACUAGGUAUUUAGAUAUUCACACUUCGUGAAGAUUCAGAUUUUAUACCCUAGCUGGAUAUUUAGAUAUGUUCAGGGUAUGCAGCUUCACAUUUUAUGGCCUGGCUAGGUAUUUAGAUAUUUACAGUUUGUACAAGUUCAUGUUUUAUAUACUGAGUAGAUAUUUAGCUGUUUACAGUUCGUGGAGGUUCACGGUUUAUACCUUGGGUAGAUAUUUAGAUAUUUGCAGUUUGUGCGGCUCCACAUUUUAUACCCUGAAUAGAUAUGUAGAUAUUUACAGUUUGUGCAGGUUCAUAUUUUACGGCGUGGCUAGAUAUUUAAAGUUUGUGCUCGUUUAUGUUUUAUGGACGGGUUUGAUAUUUAGAUCUUUACAGUUUGUAAAGGUUCACAUUGUAUAGCCUGGGUAGAUAUUUAGAAUUUAGACAUGUUCAGGUUGUGCAGUUUCACAUUUUAUUCCCUGGAUGGAUAUUUAGAUAUUCAGAUGUUUGCAGUUUGUGCAGCUUCACAUUUUACACCUGAGUAGAUAUGCAGAUAUUUACAGUUUGUCCUGAUUCAUAUUUUACGGCUUGGCUAGAUAUUUGGAUAGAUACAGUUUGUGCAGGUUCGCAUUAUAUAGCCUGGCUAGUUUGUGUUGGUUUAUUUUUUAUGGGCGGGUUAGAUAUUUAGAUAUUCUGAACAAAGUGAUACAGCAGAAUAGAACGGGCUAGAUGUAGUCAAUUACGAUAAUUCUGUAAAAUGGUAAACGAGAAAAGCGAUCUUUUAGUUACGAAUAUAACAAUCAGCACUACGUAUUGCUUCGAUCACACUACUUUGCAUUUUAAAUUUGCUUGAAUAAAGGUUAGAUAGGAUAGAUUAUAACACAUUUCCUCUCAAUGCAUACUGAAUUAAAAAAAAUAAGAAAUUGAUAGAAUUUUGAUUAUACUCGACAAGGCGAAAGUAAAAUACAUCACAAUCUGAUGCCUUACCCGUCAACGAAUGGUUCAAUUCUAUUUUGGUUACACAAUCGACGUAACCAAUAGCAUCUCAUAAAAACUAUUGAUGUGAUAAAAAGGAAAAAGAAAUCAAUGUCAAAUGUUGAUUCUUGAACAAUACCGCUAUGUAAACCCAAAUGUGAUGUUUCACGCAGCGUCAGAUCCCUUUCAUCAAACUUUAUCGAGUGGAAUAUGACGCUUGCUACUUAAACUAAACUUAGCCUGGUUUUUCUAAAAUCAUCUUAAGAACUUCGGUGUGUUAAUGAUCAUGCUCCAUUUAUCUUCCAUCAAAGUGCCAUUUUCAGGUAGCGGAACACUUGUUUUUUGAGCGUGUAUGACAGCAAACAUUAGCAGAGUAUGUGAGAUAACGAUACAGUGAGAAUUUUCUCAAUCCAUCUCUUUCUCUGACUCUUACUGAUUAAAAAGUGUUUAUGGAUGAACAAUUGUUAGAAAGAUGUUUUUCUCUUGAGAAUAAUUAACGUAUUGCUUAUUAUGAAUUGUAUUUCAAGCAGAAGAAGUUAGAAAUACUAAUUACUAACAUUUUAGUAGUUUUCAUCUCGAAGUGUAUCGAUUGCCAUCUGCUCUGUGGUGUGCAUUUUUCAUGUCUCAACAAAACAAAAAAACGUUUGAAAUAAUUAAAAUAAGAAAAGUUCAUUUCUUUCUAUUUUCUUUGCUCUUUAACUAAUACAAACAACACUCAACACUACUUAUUAUUCUAGUUUUCAAAAUUAGAAAAAAGCCGGCCGAAUUCUAGUAAUUACGACCGUUAUAUAUAGAAAGUGUGUGUGCUUACUACGAGCACUUCAAAUUAAAAAUUCUAUCCACCCAACAAGUUCUCAUUUAUCAAAAAUACAAUAAUAUGCUAAUUUUGAUUCGUCUAUUUUGGUCUCGCAUUAAAGAUAUUAGUCGCACAUUGAACUUUUUUAAAGAUUCCGAAAAGAAAACACCACAAGAUCUACGUAAUCAGUAUAUAAGUACGCGUUUAUUUAUUGUUCUAUUCAUAACUUCUAUUCUCAUUCUCAUUCUCUACACAUCAGUGGAACAAGUAGUGUUAACUAAAAGAGUGCAACAGCCAAGUUUUGCUGACUAUACUGAACUUAAUCAAUACUAUACACAGACACUUGUUUGUCCAUGUAGUACAAUUUCAGUUUCAUAUGAAAAGUUUAUUUCAUUUCAACCAACGUAUCACCAAAUAUGUCAUUCUAAUUUUGUUAAUGAACAAUGGACAAAAUAUGUUCACCCACGUGAACAAAUACACGAUUCAACCGAUAUAGAUCGUCUGAUUGCUCUAUUAUUUCAAACAUUAUCAACGUUUUGUCUAUUGAGUCAGCAAAUAGUCACAGACGAACUUUUAUCAUUUAAUUCCACAACAUUUAUAACAGGAACACUAAUACCGGAACUUACUUUUAGUAAACAAGUCCUUGGGUUCAUUAAUACAUUUCAAGACAGAAUUAAAAAUUCAUUUUCAACAUCAUUAGCGUUGAUAAGAGGUACAACACAAGGGAACGCAUUAUUGACAGUAUCAGAGACAAAUUACGUAUUAUAUUAUCUCCCAGACAGAUAUGGACUUAUGAUUGGAAUUCUCGCCUAUGGAAAUUGUUUCUGUCAGCUGUCGGCCCUGUGUUCGACAGAAAUUGAUAUUUGGUAUAAUAACACAUUUUUUUUUAAUAUUACCGGUUUACGUAAGGGCUGUUAUAUAACAGAAGCUCUUCUUCAAUCAAAUCUUGUAUUUUUCUACAAUCAAUCGCUUUUAAAUCAAUUAGAAACGUAUUUUCUUCUUGACAAUGAUAAAUUUAAUAUAAGUGUAGCAGCACUUAAUCCAUCUCUGCCAACAAAUUACACACCGGCAACAGCAAUUGGUGAUAUUCUUAAAAUGUUAAUGAUUGAAGAUUGGGAUUCGUAUAUAUCAUAUGAAUCCUAUUUUAGUACAUGUCAACCAAUUUCAUCAUUUGGAUUAUUUGGAGGAAUUGCAACUGCUCUAAUGUUUUUGAUUCCGUCAAUCGUCGAAUUCAUUCGCCAACGAAAUAAAAUUUCAGGUGUUAUUGAUGAUCAGAUAAAUACAGAACCACGAAAUCUAUUUCAAGAUCGUAUUCGUCUACUGUGGUCUCGUAUCAAAAAUGAAAUUCGUACUUUUAACAUCUUCAGAAAUCCAGAAAAGAAAACUACGUAUGAUUUAAACAAUCAGUAUUAUGCUACUCGAUUAUUUAUUCUUUGUCUUACAAUAUCUAUGGUCAUACUUAUCAUUUAUACUACUUUAACAACUGUUACAAUAACUGUUAAAGUUAAACAACCAACAUCAUCUGUCUUUUUACAUCAGCUCUAUCCAAAAUAUAGUCAAACACUUAGUUGUCCGUGUACACAAAUAUCAAUUGAAUACAAAGAAUUUAUAUCAUUUCAACCAACAUUUCAUCAAGUAUGUUCAAGUGACUUUAUCAGCCAGUCAUGGUUAGAUUAUAGUAUUGUAAAUGAUACAGAUCUCGAUCAACUUGAUUUUCGCUCCAGAAUGUCCGGUUCAUUUCUAGCAUUAUUAACAUUCUGUAAAUUAUCGAUUGAAACAAUUCAGAAUACUCUUUUAGUUUUUAAUUCAUCAACAUUUGUUACAUCAAGUGUCAUAUCGGAAAAUCUAUUUCAGUCGCAAGCUGCUGAAUUUAUUUUAUUAUUUAAAGAAACAAUAAUUAAAUCAUUUCAAAACUCAUUGACAAUGAUUAGGGAAACAACGCAUAGUAACGCAUUGACUGCUGGCCCACAUAUUCAUCUCGAUGAUUCAUCGCAUCAAUUACUGCCUGUUUCAACAGGUUUUCACAACAAUACUGGUGAAAUGUGUUGGUGUAAAGUUAACAAGUCAUGUGUAACUGAUGGUGGUAUUUAUAGUGUGAGUCCAGAUGACACAGGAUUAACAAUUAUCUUCACGAUGCCACACUUUUAUUAUGGUUGCUAUAUUAUAGAGUCAUUACUUUUAUCCACUCUUGAAUGUUUUUUUGAUCAAUCCUGUCUGAAUUCAAUCAAUACAUAUUUAUAUAACAUUUCAAUAUAUCCGUUUAAUGCAACCAUAAUGAAUACAUCUUUAGAAAGUCAAUACAAAGUGAGCUCAACGAUCGGUGAAAUUGUUCAACAAUUAAUGAUUGAACAAUGGAAUGAUCAAAUAUUCUAUGAUCAAUAUUAUUCUACGUGUCAACCAACUGAAUGCACUUAUACAUAUCAAAAACAAGCACAUUUAAUCUACAUGAUUACCACCGUUUUUGGGUUAUUAGGUGGAGUUACAACUGUUUUAAGGUUGUUAAUACCAUCGUCCGUUUCAUUUCUUACACGAAAAAAGGAUCGAGGAGCAGCAACAGAUACAACACCGCCAUCUCCACAAAUCAUAUAUUCAUCCAGUCAAAAUUUGACUCAGAUUGUUAAAGUUAAACGACCAACAUUAUCGAUUUACAAUGAAUUGUAUCAAAAAUAUUUACAAACACUUCAAUGUCCAUGUUCUAAUAGUACAGUUGACUAUCAAAAAUUUGUCUCAUUUCAACUUAAAUAUCAUCAAAUUUGUCAAUCAGACUUUAUUACUAUGCAAUGGAUAAAUAACAUCGGAUAUAACCUAUCAUUACUUGUCAUAACAAACGAAGAUGAUUUUCGACAAACAGCAAGUGUUGCAUUUCAACUAUUAUCAAAAUUAUGUGAGUUAACUCAAGAAGCAAUUAAUUAUCAGUUAGAUAUCUUUAAUUCAACAAAAUUCAUAUCAGUUAAUCUUAUUUCAAAGACUUCAUGUGAAUCGCAAGCAGAAAACACUAUUAAUACAUUUAAACAAACAACAAUAAAUACAUUUAAAAGAUCAUUACUAUUAAUUCAAAGUACAACACAAGGAAAUACAUUAAUGUCUUAUUUAUUAACAAAUACAAUGUUAGUGGUGCAUCCAACAGAAUAUGUAUCGUAUAUAGAUUAUAUUUAUGAUUAUGAACGCAUUUAUAAUACAACAACGAAUGAAUCAUGUAGUUGUAUAGAAGCACCUACUUGCUUUCAACAAGCUGCUAUUUAUAGUAUCAGUUCUCCUUAUUAUGAGAGCUAUUCUUAUACUUUUUAUGUUUCGAGUAGCACAGCACUUAUUUUUCGUAUACCAGGAAUUUACGUGGGAUGUUAUAUUGUUGAUGCUCUAUUACAUUCUGAUCUUCGGUGUUUCUAUGAUCAAACGUGUUUAUCAUCAUUACUCAAUGCUAUACAAUAUCCAUUCAAUAACAAUGUUGCAAUUCUCAAUUCGUCUUUAACAACUCAGUAUAAUACAGCAACAACAGUUGGUGAACUGGUACAAAAUUUAAUGAUUGAACAAUGGAAUAAUAAAACAUCAUAUGAAUUGUAUUUCAAUACCUGUCAACCACAAUAUUGUACUUAUUCAUAUGUGAGUCGAAGUACACCGAUAUUUAUCAUUACAACAAUCAUUGGCUUAAUUGGUGGACUUACAAAAGUUUACAAACUUUUAGUUCCAUUAAUUGUAAGUUUGAUUCAUCGAUACAUUUGGUGGCCAUAUUUUGAACGAAAAAUAGUGUGGAGCAAUAAUACCAUUGCUCCUGUACCGCAAGCAGUUUCAGUUUCUCCUGUAACUGUUGGUGAUGAUAAACUUGCAACAAUCUCAAUAUAA